AGCCUAGGGCCCCAACUUUAAAGGGGCCCCAUAAAAUGCAAAAAAUUUAAAUAUAAACAGAUAAAUGUAAAUUCUUUUUAUUUAUAUUUAAUUUUAAAAUAUGAAUGAAUGUAAAAAUCAAAUUAGGAAGAGCGCCUCGAUUUGGUAAAGGGUAAAUGCUUCCGGCGCGUUCCGGCUCAAUGACAUCGCUGGCAAGUGCAACGUCGUACCUCGUAAGGCUCGUACGUUGCAACGAAACGAAGUGUGAUUGUGGGAAGGAGGGCAAGUAGCUGAUAGUGCAAUUCGUCAAUGAGCCGCUGCUGCACGCGUUCGCGUGAAAUACAUUAUACAUAAAGUUAAAGUAAAGCCUAUAUUAAUUUAUACUGAGUUUUUCACAGUGCUGGAACUUCGAAAGUGCAAUUUAUUUUAUUAAAUAAACAUUCAAGGUGUCGGCAGUAUGAAAAGGUCAUAUGAAUCUGGAUCUGCCAAACGAAAAAAGCAAAAAGAACGCAUUGUGGAACAGGAGGCUCUUAGAAAUUCAAUGGCGUCAUUUUUAUCUAACUCCUCUGCUAUGACGAGAAAUCUCGACCCACCAUCUAGUACAAGUAUAUGUAUUCCUGUUCCGCAAAGGCAAAGGCAAAGUACUUCAGAAUGUGGAAACCGAAACACUAAAGAUGAAGACGACGACGACAUUAUCGCGAAUACCUUGCAUCAAGAAACUUCAAAUUCACGUCAUCAUGAGGAUACGGGCGAUACGGAUACGGGGAUAAUUGUGAACGACUUGAAGCUUGACGAUACUAGCCUCCAGUUAGGGGAUAUUGCGAAGUGGCCAACAGACAUUUCAGAAAAACUUAUUGGUGAAAUCUUGGAUAGUGUUCCUAAAAAUUUUGGAAAAAUUGAAAAUUUAAAAUCAUCCUACGUCGAUAAGGAAAAAGUAUAUACCAGAACUUUUCAAGAGUCAAACUUUUACACCAUCAAAUCAAAUGGGAUUAAGGAAAAACGUGAGUGGUUGAUAUUUUCAGACACUAGUAAAUCGGUGUAUUGUUUUGUUUGCAAACUUUUUUCACGUUCACGUGUUUCUUCCAAAAUGAUCGUAGGGUGCAAUGACUGGAAAAAUAUUUGUAGAAUAUUAACUGAUCACGAACGUUCCCAGGAGCACGUUAAAUCUAUGUGUUGUUACAAUAAACGACGUUUAUCGUCAGGCCGAAUUGAUGCUGAGCUGUGUAAACAGUUGAAGUCUGAAGAAAAUUAUUGGCGAGAAGUUUUAAAAAGAGUCGUUGCUACAGUUAAACUGUUGGGUUCGCUUGGAUUGGCAUUUCGGGGCACUAAUGACACCGUAGGGUCCCAAAAUAAAGGCAACUUUUUGACAUGUUUGGAAUAUUUGAGUCAGUUUGAUAAUUUUUUAAAAUCGCAUUUAGAAAAAUACGGAAAUUGCGGUAAAGGGAGUGUUAAUUAUCUAUCCCAUAGUAUCUGUGACGAAUUUAUUAAUUUAAUGGCUAAAAAAACAUUAGACGUAAUCUUGGAUGACAUUAGAAACGCGAUGUAUUUCUCACUUAGCGUAGAUUCUACACCUGAUAUAUCUCACGUAGAUCAAUUGGUUUUAAUCAUCAGAUAUUUAAACCAACACGGCGAGAUAAAAGAAAGAUUUUUGGGAUUCAUACCCAUAGAAGCACAUAACGCAGAACAUUUGGAAAAUGUAAUUUUAGGUGCUUUUAAAGAGUUUUCACUAGAUAUUACCAAAUGUAGGGGGCAAAGUUAUGAUAAUGCGGCAAACAUGUCAGGGGUGUACUCUGGCUUGCAGUCCCGAAUUAAAAAACAUAGCCCCACUGCAUUUUAUGUUCCUUGUACAAGCCAUUCGUUAAAUUUAGUGGGAAAUAACGCAGCAGAAUCUUGUUUUGAUGCUGUGAAUUUUUUUUCUUUUUGUCAAAAUCUAUUUACUUUUUUUUCGGCGUCAACUCGCCGAUGGAAUGUAUUAAAGAACAUUCUCCCAAAAGAUGGUGUAACCCUAAAAAAAGUGUGCGAUACAAGAUGGUCAGCUAGGGCCGAUGCUAUAUUGGCUCUUAAAAAGGGCUACAAAGAAAUACAGCAAGCUUUAAUGAAAAUGUAUCAGUCUGAAGACGAAAAGCCUGUAGCGCGCACUGAAAUAAAAGGGUUAAUCAAACAUUUUGAAAAAUAUGAAACGGCCUUAUUAACAACUUUAUGGUAUAAAAUAUUAGUGAGGUUAAAUUAUACAAGUAAAGCACUCCAAGAUCCAAAAAUUAAUUUGUUAAAUGGCGAAAACUUAUUAAAAUCUUUAAAGCAGUUUAUAAUAGAUGUUCGGGAUAAUUUCAUACAAAUUGAAGAUGAAGCUAAGGUGUUGACUGACUCAUGUGUGUUUAAUGACGAAAGAGUCCGUCAAAAAACAAGAAAAUUGCAAAGUGACGAGACAUCAACUAAUGAAGUAUUUUUGAGAGGUCGCAAAAAGUUUAUUACACAAACGGUUUAUGUUAUUUGUGACAAUAUAAUUAGUGAACUAGACAGAAGGAGCCAAGUUUAUACCGAUAUUUUAAAAAAUUUUAAAAUAUUUUUUGAUACUAACUUGACAGAUAUAGAAGUUAAUCUUUCUAUUAGUAAAAUAAAAGAGGUAUAUAAAGAUGAUAUUAAUGUCGAUUACUUUCAAGAGGAAAUGUUACAUUUUUUAAAUUAUGCGAAAGAAGAAAAUAUUACGGAUCCGUUUGCUAUGUACAAGCAUAUUAACGAUGGUCUAAGAUCCACGUUUCCAAACGUAGAAACAAUUUUAAAAAUAUUUUUGACAUUGCCGGUUAGUAAUGCUUCUGGAGAGCGUGCCUUUUCAGUUUUGAAAAGGAUCAAAAAUUAUUUAAGGAAUAGUUUGCUACAAGAUAAAACUACUAAUCUUUCAAUGCUUUUUAUCGAAUCGGAUGUGGUAAGCAGCAUACCUUUCGAUGACAUUAUUGAUAUCUUUUCAAAACAAAAAACCAGAAAAAAGAAUUUUUAAUGUGUUCUUUUUCUUUUUUCUAGUAGGAUUUCUAUAUUUUUAAGAAUCUGCGUGAUACACAUCGGUUACUGUAUCAUGUAUGUUUUGUUUGUUAGAAACUUGUUUAAAAAUAAAAACAGUUAAUAAGAGUUUAAAUAGUUGUUUUGCAUUUUCCCUUAGGUAAUCGAUUGAUUAAAUUCGAGAUUAAAUUUAUGGACCAAAACGCUAAAUCAAGGGCCUCAAUCAACGUCUAGCGCCUAGGGCCUCA